AUGACUUGGGGAUUUGUGACUUGUGGACCAAACGAGGCGCUUGUAGUUUCAGGAUGCUGUUAUUCCAAGCCGCUUUUGGUUCCUGGCGGACGAGCUUUUGUAUGGCCUGCAAUACAACGCAUACAAAGAAUAUCCCUUAAUACUAUGACCUUGCAAGUGGAAUCACCGACAGUCUAUACAAGCCAGGGUGUACCAAUAUCUGUGACUGGGAUAGCUCAGGUAAAAAUUCAAGGUCAAAAUGCAGAGAUGCUUCUAUCAGCAUGUGAACAAUUUCUGGGAAAGUCGGAACAGGAAAUCCAACAUAUAGCCCUUGUGACACUUGAAGGUCAUCAGCGUGCUAUUAUGGGAUCGAUGACAGUAGAAGAAAUAUACAAAGACAGAAAGAUCUUCUCCAAAAAGGUGUUUGAAGUUGCCUCCAGCGAUCUGAUAAACAUGGGAAUUACAGUAGUGUCCUACACCCUCAAAGAUAUUCGGGACGAAGAGGGAUAUCUCAAAGCGUUGGGUAUGGCUCGCACAGCGGAAGUUAAACGGGAUGCUCGUAUUGGGGAGGCAGAAGCCCACGCCGAAGCCAGGAUCAAGGAGGCCAUGGCUGAAGAACAGCGAAUGGCGGCCAGGUUCUUAAACGACACGGAAAUUUCGAAAGCCCAACGUGACUUUGAACUGAAGAAGGCGGCCUAUGAUGUUGAAGUUCAAACUAUAAAAGCUGAAGCCGAGAUGGCCUACGAACUGCAAGCAGCGAAGACGAAGCAACGCAUCAAAGAGGAGCAGAUGCAAAUCUCUGUGGUGGAACGAACCCAGGAGAUCAAUGUUCAGAAGUGGGAGGUUCAGCGGCGGGAGAGGGAAUUAGAAGCCACCGUACGCAAGCCAGCUGAAGCCGAGAAGUUUAGACUAGAGAAAUUGGCAGAAGCGCAUAGAUUGAAGACCAUACUCGAGGCAGAGGCUGAAGCGGAAGCGGUUAAAGUUCGGGGCGAGGCUGAAGCAUAUGCAAUCAAAGCGAAGGCAGUAGCAGACGCAGAACAGAUGGCGAAGAAAGCUGACGCGUGGAAGGAGUACGGUUCCGCUGCGAUGGUUGAUAUGAUGCUGGAGACACUGCCUAGGGUCGCAGCCGAAGUAGCGGCCCCAUUGUCGCAAGCGCGCAAAGUAACGAUGGUGUCCUGCGGUGGUGGUGAAGUGGGUGCAGCUAAACUCACCGGCGAAGUACUAAGUAUCGUGCAGUGUAUUCCCGAUCUGGUCAAGGGCGUGACCGGUGUCGACAUCUCGAAGAUAAAGGGAAUCAGCGCCGUAUAA